GCUCCCGCAGGAAGGGGCGGGCAGAGCGGCCGCAGCCCGGGGUCGUGGCCGGCCCGUCCUAGCGGCAAGGCUUCCCCAGCGACCAGUGCCGAGCAAAAUACUGUAAAAAAGUGAUCCAGAAGAGGGCAACAUUCACAGCCAUUCUGAGACCUAGGAUGAGCAAAUGCUUUCACACUGGCAGAAGAUGCUGCGAUGUUUUGAGAAAGAGGAUAGAACAAAAUAAAAGAAGCUGAAGUUAGAAGACAGAAAAGGGGAGUGGAGUUUGGCAUCCUGAAGCCACAGAUGGUCUGACUGCACUCACCUGAAGUUAUGGCGGAUACGAGGUUACAGCAUCUAGGAAGUUGGGAUAGACAGAAGUCAGUAACAACUUGGGGAUGUGCAUGGUCUCAAGAAGGUGAAGCUUCUACCAGGGGGAGUACAAGCCACCCUACCCAGGAAAGGAGGAGAGGCAGCAGCUGCUGAGAAGACUGAUGAGUGCAGGGCAGGCGGUGCCCCGCUAUGAGAGAGGAGACAGGAAGGAACCUGGAGUUUUUCAGAGAAGGGUUACCUAACGAAGCUCCUGCAGAAUCACACCGCCUAUGCCUGCGACGGGCAGCACCUGAGCCUGCACUGCCCUCGGCACUCAACCAUCAGCGUUCAGUCAGCGUUUUAUGGGCAGGACCCCCGCAUGUGCAGCGCUGGGGAGCCUGAAACCAGCAUGGCAGAGCCCAGGAACUGCGUGGCACCCACCUCUUUGCAGAAAGUACUGGAUGAAUGCCAAAACCUGAGAUCCUGCCAACUCCUUGUCAAUAGUCGGGUUUUUGGGCCUGAUCUGUGUCCAGGAACCACUAAAUUCCUCCUUGUCUCCUUUAAAUGCAAACCUACUGAAUACAAAACCAAAUCAGCAUGUGAAAACCAGGAACUGAAGCUCCACUGUCAGGAAUCCAAGUUCCUUAUCAUCUACUCGGCCACCUACGGCAGAUGGGCACACGAGGAGAGCGUCUGCUCAACAAAGGCGGAGCACACACCCCCCUUUGACUGUUUGUCUUACUCAGCUCUGGAAGUGUUAUCAAAAAGGUGCUAUGGGAAACAGAGAUGCAAAAUCGUUGUCACUAGCCGGGAUUUUGGAAGUCCGUGCCUACCUGGAGUGACAAAAUACCUAAAUGUCAGCUAUGCAUGUGUUCCUAAAUUUAUCCUCACAGCAGUCAACCCCCUGGUCCCUGAUAACAAGUCUUCCAUCAAACAGAACGAUGGUGUCGACCUUGAUCCAAGGGAAUCCAGACUUCCAAAGAAAGGUGGAACUAUUGUUAGCUCUAACUACUUGGCUACAUUCGCAUACAUUAGAGAUCACCCUGAAAGAGUCGCUCUCCUGUUUGUGUCCAGCGUUUGUGUGGGGUUAAUCUUCACGCUGUGUGCCUUAGUGAUCUGCGUGUUGUGUCCUAGUGACAUCCAGAAACUGCACAGGAAGAGGGAUCAGCUGGUGCCACAGCGUGCCAGAGCCUACAGGAGCAGCGCACAGGAGGAGGAAGAGGAAGAGGAGGGGGAGGAUUCCUCCCUUUCAAACACCCAGGAUGAGACAGACGGACUUUACAGACCUUCUUACUCAGGUUAUAACUCGGCAGAGGCAGCGGAACUGGCCGAAAGGAUUGAGCGCAGGGAGCAGAUCAUACAGGAAAUUUGGAUGAACAGUGGCUUGGAUAUGACACCCCCUAGAAAUAUGAAUACAUUUUAUAUUAAUGAACAAUAAAUGGCUUAUUUUGGAUGUCACUCUA